AUUUUCUAUGGAGAAUCCUGCUUCCUAACCGCCUCGCUCGUACCACUUCAUUCAUCUUCUUGUGAACUCUGCUCAUUUUCUGCUCGUUUGGCAAUGGCUAAUGAGGCGAUUAGCGAGCGUGAGUUCUUGUGCACUCGGUUGAAGUGGUUUAGCGUUUCAAGUUUUAUUACCCUCGUCAACUUAAUAUUUGUUUUCGCAAAGUUCUUUUCCAUUCAUGCUAUGUAUCAAAUGCGCAGAGUUACACACAUGUUAAAAGUUUUUUUUAGAGUUCCGUAUGUUGAAAGUCUACACGAUCAUGUUCUGCAAUCUAAUGUUACAGUUCGUAAAUUGUCAAGAAAAUCGAUUUCACCGCAUCUAAUCUUCAUGACUCUGAUGGCACAAGUAACUUUCAGAGGCAGCAUAGGUGGGCCAUUAAAUUCCGUGUACAGUUAACAGAGCCCACAUUUUUCAAAGUUGCCUACGAUAACCAAUUUUCAAAACUUUUUCGGAUGAGCUAACCAGGAUUAGUUUACGGUAAUCACGUACCAAGUUACUUUCAUGGUUGGCUCACCUGUUCUGACCAAGCAGUUGAUCCGGUGCAACGAACGAUCCUAGGGUGAAUCAGCAGGUGGAUGAAGAAGUCGCAACGCUGUUUCAGUUCUGAACAGGUCUCUUCAUGCCAAGCGACAGGAACAGGGCUCUGAAUAGAGUAGGUGCAGGACAAACAGAGGGUGACGCACGGGGACACCUAAACGCCAGGAGAUGAAGCUGCCGGCGACAACGAAAGGGGUUGAAGCUGAUAGGGAUUACUACCGCAGGCGGCGAUAACGAUGAGGAAAUCGACGCGGCGAUGGAGCUGAUGACGCUUGGCGGUUGAUAUGUGUGAUCCUGGACCGUUAGGGGCACGGAGCUAACUGUUCCUGAUGACUUGCUGGAGUAGGUGAAGAGAGAAUUCCUCCAUGACUAACGACUUUCUCAGUUUGAGCAAGAAGGAUUGCAUCGGAAGGUACUACGCCAAGGAUGCCAAGUACAGGCCGUUCAGCGCGCUGCUGCCCGAGGGCUCCAGCGGCAAGAUGCUCUACGUGAAGCUCGUCCUCGUCCUCCUCAUGUGCGGCUCCUUCAUGGGCCUCCUCCACUCGCCGUCGAUCCACCCCGCCGAUGAACAACACCGCACACAGUCAGAGGCGUCGAAGGCGAGCUGGAUGUCGCACCCCGACGCGCCGAAUUCGGGGUACGCGUCGAGCCUGAAGAUCGACUGGUCGCAAAUCGAAACGGCGGUGAAACAAGUCUCUUCGGCGGAGGACGGCGGUGCGCCGCGGGUGGCGCUGCUCAACUUCGAUGACAGCGAGGUCGAGGAAUGGCGGGCGCGGCUGCCGCACACGGAGGCCUCGACGGUGCGCCUGGACCCCUUCGGGGGCAACGUCACCUGGGAGCACCUGUACCCGGAGUGGAUCGACGAGGAAGAGCUGUACGGCGCGCCGUCGUGCCCGGACCUCCCCGAGCCGGCGGUGGCGGAGGCGGAGGCGUACGACGUGGUCGCGGUGAAGCUGCCGUGCGGGCGCGCGGCCAGCUGGUCCAAGGAUGUGGCGCGGCUGCACCUGCAGCUGGCCGCAGCGCGCGUCGCCGCGCGCCACGGCCGGCGGCGGCCGCACGUGCUCGUGGUGAGCCGGUGCUUCCCGGCACCGAACCUGUUCAAGUGCCGGGACGAGGUGGCGCGCGACGGCGACGUGUGGCUGUACAGGCCGGACGCGGAGGAGCUGGACCGGAAGCUCGCGCUGCCCGUGGGGUCCUGCGAGCUCGCCAUGCCGUUCAAAGCCCUGGGGGAUCCGUACGUGUCGGCGGCGCCGCAUCGGGAGGCGUACGCGACGAUCCUUCACUCGGAGCAGCUGUACGCGUGCGGCGCGCUGACGGCGGCGCAGAGCAUCCGGAUGGCGGGGUCGGGGCGGGACAUGGUGGCGCUGGUGGACGAGACGAUCGGCGCGCGGCACCGGGGCGCGCUGGAGGCGGCGGGGUGGAAGGUGCGGGCGAUCCGGCGCAUCCGCAACCCGCGGGCGUCGCGGGACGCGUACAACGAGUGGAACUACAGCAAAUUCUGGCUGUGGACGCUGACGGAGUACGAGCGUGUCAUCUUUCUGGACGCCGACCUGCUGGUGCAGCGGCCAAUGGAGCCGCUGUUCGCGAUGCCGGAGGUGAGCGCGACGGGGAACAACGGCACCUACUUCAACUCCGGUGUGAUGGUGGUGGAGCCCUGCGAGUGCACGUUCCGGCUGCUGACGGGGCACGUCGGCGACAUCGAGUCGUACAACGGCGGCGACCAGGGGUACCUCAAUGAGGUGUUCUCGUGGUGGCACCGCCUGCCGUCGCACGCCAACUACAUGAAGCACUUCUGGGAGGGGGACACGGCGGAGCGCGCCGCCGCCAGGCGCCGCGUCCUGGCGGCGGACCCGCCCGUGGCGCUCGCCGUGCACUUCGUGGGGCUCAAGCCCUGGUUCUGCUUCCGCGACUACGACUGUAACUGGAACGUGCCGGCGCUGCGGCAGUUCGCCAGCGACGAGGCGCACGCGCGGUGGUGGAAGGUGCACGACGCCAUGCCGCCGCGCCUGCGGGGGUUCUGCCUGCUGGACGAGCGGCAGAAGGCGCUGCUGCGGUGGGACGCCGCGCACGCGAGGGAGGCCAACGCCUCCGACGGCCACUGGGGCGUCCGGAUCGCGGACCCGCGGCGGAGCAUGUGCGCCGGCGACGGCGAGGCCUGCCGCGAGAGAGAGAUCGCCGGCCGGCGGGUGGAAGGGGACCGGAUCACCACGUCGUACGCCAAGCUCAUCGACAAUUUCUGACGGCCAGAGGCUUCCGAAUUUUUGCGAAUCGAAAGCCGCGAGGGCUGCUCUAGAUUGUCAUGGUACUGCCCAGUGCUCUUGUCAUCAUCAGAAGAGAUGUACUCCACAUCAAUCGACUGGAAUUUGGCAUUGGCGUCAAUGUUCCUGACUGCACCAGCAGGGAGGGUUGAGAGGAGCAGUGGAGUCUCCACAGUGGAGAUUGAGGUGAAGAACAGCAAUCGCAAUCGAGCAGGAAUUGGAUUCAUAGGGUUCAGAUACAGUUACAAUUGAUGCUCAAAUAUCAUAACCAAUGCAACAAGUUGGAAUAAAAUUUAGCUUACCAGA